GAUGGCGCCGCGUGGAGCCUGGGCGGCGGCGGCGGCGGCGGCCCCGGCGGCCAGAGGCUCGGGGAGGCAGGGCGGCAGCAUGAGCGCAGCGGCGGCGCCCAACGCGAGCCUGGGAAAUCUGACGGACGAGGAAGCCGGCGAUGACGAAUCGUGGGAGAGUGUGCUCAAACUGGUGCUCAAGACGCUCGCGCUGGUCACCAUCAUCUCGUCGGCAGUGUUCGGAAACCUGCUGGUGGUCACAUCGGUGAUCCGGCACCACAAGCUGCGCAUCACCACCAACUACUUCAUCGUGUCGCUGGCGCUGGCGGAUACGCUGGUGGCGCUGUUCGCGAUGACCUUCAACGCGUCCGUCACCAUCUCGGGCCGCUGGCUCUUCAACCAGACAGUGUGCGACUUCUGGAACUCGUGUGAUGUGCUCUUCAGUACGGCCUCCAUUAUGCACUUGUGCUGCAUCAGCGUGGACCGCUACUAUGCCAUCAUCAAGCCGCUCGAGUACCCGACCAAAAUCACCGGCCGCACCGUGGCCAUUAUGUUGGCCUGCGCGUGGAUCAGCUCGGGCCUCAUAUCGUUCAUACCCAUUUUCAUGGGCUGGUACACGACGGACGAGCAUCUCGGCUACAAGCUGGAUCACCCGGAUGAGUGCAUAUUCGUGGUGAACAAGCCGUACGCGAUAGUGUCGAGCAGCGUGUCCUUCUGGAUUCCCUGCUGCAUCAUGUUGUUCACCUACUGGCGCAUCUAUGUCGAGGCCACGCGCCAGGAGAAGAUGCUCUGCAAGUCUCAGAUGGGACCCGCCGGCAUGCUGUGCCGCAACUCGACCGACCUGCCCAACGUGCAUGCGCCACCGCACCGGAACUCGCACGGAGACGACCCCGAGAGCGGCCAGUCGACGCCCACCAAGCGCACCAUCAACAAGAUGAAACGCGAGCACAAGGCGGCCAAGACGCUGGGCAUCAUCAUGGGCGCGUUCAUCCUCUGCUGGCUGCCCUUCUUCCUGUGGUACGUGUCGGUGACCAUGUGCGGCGACGCCUGCCCUUGCCCCGACCUGGUGGUGGACCUGCUCUUCUGGAUCGGAUACCUCAACUCGUCGCUCAACCCGGUCAUCUACGCCUACUUCAACAGAGAGUUCCGCCAGGCCUUCAAGGAAACUCUGCAGGCCAUCUUCUGCUCAUGUGCUGGCUGUGAAGAUUGAGUUGGCUCGCAGCGGUGGCUUGCCAGCAGCUGGCAUCGCUACUCGUGCGAGGACACGGGACCAGGGUUCGUAGAGCAGCAUCGCUUCGUGGAAGCACGGCCUGCCGCCGUGAAGAGGGACUGGACUGCGCUGGCGCAGCUCCUCAGCGGCGGCGGCGACAUCAUCGCACGAGAUCAACUGUAGCAACAACACCUGCUAUUUUUAUCAAUGUUAAAUAGUGCUACCCGUUGGAAGGGGAAUUGAACACGUCCGCGCAACGCACAAAAAGAGCUGAAGCUGCGUUGGAAUAAAAAUUAUUUUGACAGA